UAUUAUUAUUAUUUAUACCCCGCCCAUCUGGCUGGGUUUCCCAGGUUGCCAGGUCGUCUUCCAGCUUCCCAACCAGCCGGGGGUGCCUCUUGAGUAAGGGGGCAACCCAUCAGAGGGGCGUGUGCCUGCAUUGCUCUGGGCAAAGCUCUUGAGUGAAGGAGCUGGCAAUGGAUCUUUCCCUUCCUCCAGCACCCAGGGAGGUGGGGUGGUGCAGGGUGGGGAGUGGCAGGGAAGAGGGAGAUAGGGAAAAGAUCCGGUCAGAGGAGCAGGGUGGUGCCACUGCUCAGUUUGGGAUGCAAACCUGCCUUAAUUAUUUCCUUUUUGGAGGCAGAGCUGAAUCCAUGCGACAGGCGAAGUGAUACUCUCUGGCUCUUUGUCUCUCUUUCUCUCCUCAGGAUAUAAUAUCUGUCUGGUCCUUUGCCCUGCCCUGCCUGCCACCGUGUUUUCCUGAGAGGCGCUUUCAUUGCAUUUUGGAUCCCAUCAGUUGGCAGCACCUCGCUUGCCUUGGAGCAUCCUUCAGUGAAAUAGAAUUUUUUAAAAGAAUGAAAUUUAUGAAGGAUGUGAGAUUUCAAGGGCCCUUUCUGCAUUCCAAAGAUGCUAUUUUCAGCUAGACUGUUGCAUUUAUAAGAGCUGCAGCUUGCCUUUUGGCCCAGACUGAGUGAGUUACUUUAUUUCGGACUAUACAUAUAUCAAUGAUUUUCUACUACAAAUAAAGUUCAUCUUACAUAAGAAAGUGCCAAAAAAUGAGCCGUGGAUAUUCAGAAAACAAUAACUUCCCAUACGACAAUAAUCAAAUGGUUUUGGAUAUGAUCCUCUGCUCUUUAUUCAGUGUCCCUCAGCCUAUCAAUUGGGACAACGUGGCAAGGCUGGUUCCAGGCUAUUCAUCUCGAGAGUGUGCAAAAAGGUUUGACGAACUGAAAAGCAGUGGGAGUUCUCCAGUUGAUAACCAGUACAGUCCACUAAUGGCCAGUGGUGGGAGCCCUAUGGAAACAUUGGCUGGUUAUAUCAAAUCAUCACUUCUUGAUUCCCAGGAAGAGUUACAAGAACCUCCUAGUGAAAAAGAUGCAAUUUCUGUAAAUGGAAGGCCAAGUGUAGCUUCCUCAAGGAAUUGCUCUGCAGAAAGUGAGAAGGGCCCUGCACAUAAAGGUGGAGAAAAUGCUGAUGAAACACAAGGGCCAAAUAUGGUGAUCCAUGUGUGUGAUGAAGCAAAAAAUCUGAAAGAAGAUUUUGUUUGUCCGCGAGAUCUGUUGAUUUCUGAAAUGAAGUACUUUGCUGAAUAUCUGUCAGUGGAUGCCCAGCGCUGGGAAGAAGUGGACAUUUCAGUUCACUGUGACGUUCACAUCUUUAACUGGUUGAUAAGAUAUGUUAAAAGGAACACUAAGGAGUAUGAGGUGCAUGAAAUACCUGCCUUAGAACCAAGCAAUGUCAUUUCGAUUCUUAUUUCCUCUGAGUUUCUGAAGAUGGAUUCUUUAGUGGAGAAAUGUAUUAAUUAUUGCCACAAGAAUAUGAGUGCCAUCGUAGCCACGCCGUGCAAUAUGAACUGCAUCAAUUCUAAUCUCCUAACGCGCAUUGCGGAUCUUUUCACACAUAAUGAAAUAGAGGAGGUGAAGGACAAGAAAGAUAAAUUUAAGAGCAAACUUUUCUGUAAGAAGAUAGAGAGAUUGUUUGACCUAGAUUACCAGAACCCAGAUUCUCAGGGAAGCGCAGCAACUCUGUACAGGUGCUGCUUAUGUAAGAAACUCCUAAUUAAGGACACUGAAAGAAGGAUCCCAUGUGUUCCUGGAAAGAUCAAUGUAGAUCAGCAUGGAAACAUUAUCUAUGUACACAUAAGAGAUAAAUCUUGGGAUGUGCAUGAGUAUUUGCUGAGUCUUUUUGAAGAAUUAAAAUCUUGGCGAGAUGUAUAUUGGCGCCUUUGGGGAACUAUCAAUUGGCUGAUCUGUUCAAGAUGUAAUCAAACUUUCCUGUGUACCGAAUUCUCCCAUUGCCAAUACCACCCUCAGCCAGUUGUCUACCCUGGCGUGGUAGGUGCUAUUGGUUCCAAUGGUACUGGAGUGUAUCCCUGCUGUAACCAGAAGGUUCUGAGAUUUGAUCCUGCUCCUCUUCCAAAAGGAUGCAAAGUAAGGGACCAUGUGAUUGGCUUGCCUGCUGGAGGAGAAGGUGUGGAUGCUGUUCCCUACCAGACUGCUAAAAUACUGAACGAUCUGACUCAGCACAGAAAUGUGAUUGUUGUGCCUUUUGAAAAAGACCAAAACAGUGAUUCUGGAAUUGGACUGAAUGACGAGAAGAGUAUUGAAUGUGAUGUGCUAUUGGAGCCAAAUGCACCGUGGGGCCCCAGAACAGGAGAAAUUAAUGCCUUCCUUUCUCUGAAAAACUGGACUCUCCAGCUGAAACAACAGUUGUUGCUUUCAGAAGAUGAUGAAUACACCACUGGCUCUGAGGUCACAGAGGAUGAAGUAGGCGAUGAGGAAGAAGUAUACAAGAAACCAGGAAGAAAAGAGCGGUCAAAGAAAUCCCACAGACAUCCAAAGAAACAAGUGUCUUCACCCAGUGUUCAAAAGAAGGAAAAGAAUCUGGAGAAGACUAAUUCCAGAGAUGCAUCUCCUUUUAUUGUCAGCAUGCAGCAGAAUAAGUGGGACGCAUCCAGAUCACUUAGAUUCAACCAGGAUGCUCAGAGAGAGGAAGAUCAGCGGAGGAUGGUCGAAAUAACCGGACACCUAAUAAAAAUGAGGCUGGGGGAGCUUGACCGGACAAAAUCAAAAGAGAACAAAGAAUCUGCAGCUGGAAUUUAUGCAAGACUUGAAGCUCAGAUCAGGGCAGCGGCACAGGUCAACACCCGCCAGAACGUCCCAGAAAAAAAUAUGAGGAUUAAAAGUCGCUUUGGCCAAGGCCGUCCCACGUAGAAACAAUUGCACACAAAGCCGUCAAACAGAAGCCAAAGCACUUUUCUGCCUCCUUGGACCGCACUGGACUCCAGAACCUGGGCAUGCCUCUUCCUAAAGCUUUCAAGUGACUGAAUGCCAUGUAAAUUAUUCUCUUUUUAAUGAGUUGUAAAUACGCCAUUUCUUAUAUUAAACCAAGUGCAUUUCCCCCCUGCCCCCCACCAAGCAAUGGUGCACUUAUAAACCUACAAAAUGAAUUUAACACCCUCAUUUUGUUGAGGGUCGGAAAGAGUGGUGCUAACAAACUGGGGUUAUUUCAUAUUCAUGUGCUACUGAAAUUUUGGGAGUGAAUCAAGCCUUGGCCUUUUAUCGGCGUUCUGUCUGGAUACUGUGUGGCUCUCGCUUUUUCUUGCACUCCACUGGAAUGGCUAAGGCGAAUCUUGCUUGUGCUGACUUGGCUGUGGGGUGGCUCCAAAGAGGUUGACACCUCUUGCCUUUUUAAUGUAGCUUAAGUUUACACUGAAUAAAGAUGGCUAGCUGCUCCUUUCCCUCUGGCAGGAAGCUUCCUGGCAUCCAGGGAAGCUGGGCAUGUUGGGAGGUGGUUCAAACCGAGGCUUCUUUAGUGUUGAAGGAAAAAGCCACUCCUGGAAAAGGAAGAGCAAUUGAGCAUGGGAGAAUAUAUUGCUCUCUCUCUGCAAUCCAUAAUCCUUAGUGGGUACAGGUGACUCUUGCUGAGUCUUGUGUUUGGCUGCAGGACAGUGCAGAUGAACAGAGCAGGGCCAAAUAUAUUUCAUGCUGUACUUCUGCUUGGGCCAUUUUCAGGAGUUGUUGUUUCAGGAGGUAGCCUACAUCUGAGAGCACAUCCAAUAUUCUGAAGCAAAUACAAUUGUGUAUGUCUGAUGGAUUGGGAAAAGGCUGUUUGUUUCACCUGCUGUGGCCCCAGCUGAGUGGGCAGCAGUUCAUAUGCCAAUUGUCAAGUGCCACAACUUUUUGUUGUAGAGUUACUUUGCAUUCUGAGCAUGAUGCAUUCUUCAUACCAUUUUUAUUCCACUUUGUGCUCAUCCAAGAGGGUCCUUUAUCUGCAUUUUGGCACAAGGGGGUUCCCUUCUGUUGUUGCCUGUGUUGUACAUUUUGUAUGCAUACACCUCUUUAUACAAAUAUUUUUUGCAGAGGCAUUUGUGCACAAAGGUCUUGCAUUGUCGGUCUGUUUCUGAACCUGCAUUGAUCAUUCCAGCUGAGUUAAAGGAAUGGAAUCCAUCUUGUAGCAAUUCUUGCAGAGAGUAGAGGGAAAUCCUUUGUUUUCAGUGACAAUUCAUUUUUUUAAAAAAACAACAACUGGCAGGAGACAAGAACAAGACCUGGACAUUUCAAACUGUGGUCAUGGAUCAUACUUCCCUUUGCCCCCUACUGAGAUAUAUCUCUCCCACAGCUCAAUACCCUUUCAAAAUGAACAGUCUUGAUUUUUAAGCCACCUUGCCCACUUACUGAAUUUGAUUAUUAAAGCAAUGGUCUGGUUUGCAUGUCACAUUAAACUUAAGUUAAAAUAAACUAUGUUUAAAUGUGAACAAAAAAUGUGGAAUUGUGAAUGCUUUGUUCCUCAUAGCCAUGUUACUGGGAAUCAAGCCUUGGCCUGGCUUGUCAUGUCAUGUCAUUCAAAACUGGGCUAUGGUUUGUUUCUUCAAAAACCACAAGUGGAAGCCCUGGUUUGUUCGUACUAAUGGUGUUUAUUUAGGUGAAAGAAACCAUGGAACUGGAUUUGAAUGACACAAGAAGGCAGGCCAAGGCAGGAGUAAUCCACCCAUAAUUUUGACAGCAUGUGCUAGUGCAUUGCUCAGUCACAUUAAAGCCAUCAUUUAUUUUAACAUGGGAACCAAGCGAAUGUAUGAAAGGAGCCUGAAAGGGUAUCUUCUGAACUGGAGCAUUAAUUCUGUUUUUCCUUGUCAUCUGCAGUGAUGUCUGCUAUGCCCCCCCCUUUAACCAACAGUGAAAAAGUACCCAGUGACUCUUAGCUGGCUUCAUCUUAAAUACAUCCAAAUAAGACUAAGCAAAGCUAUGGACAGGAAUCUUGGUUUGUGUGUUAUGCCACAAAGAGAGAAUCUGGUUUCUAGGGUCGGGAGUCCUCACAGUGUAUCCAUUAAAUUAUGACAACAACAAUAAUGGAGCAAAUGUCUAGUUCUCAUGACUGAGACUUGGAAAGUAAGCUGCUGUCUGUAAACAAGUUGUAGACUAAUUUUGAUGAAUGGUAUAUUAUAGUAAUGAACUCAAGGGAUUUUUUUCUUCUCAAAGCUGUGUAAAGAGAUGCGCCAAAUGUUUGUGCUUAAAGCAACACUUUGCCAGAUGUUUAGUGCACACACAAAAAAAUCCAAAUGCGAGUUAAUAAAGUUGAAGUAGCAUACCAUUUU